AUGGGCCCAGGACAGCUCCAGACAUAUAGCCCGCAGCAGCUCAGCAUACUUCUCGACCAGAGAACACACGUGAGUUCCAUAAUUUCUUCCGAUCUUGGGAAAUCCACGUUCUAUCCAGUGCUUCCAGUUCACACACCUUUGAAUCAACGGCUAACCUCAGAACAGAUCCUCGACGUCGCAAAGCGCCACAGCAGAGACCUCGAGAUAUACCGACACCGUGAACAAUCCGUCCUCAACCCCUACUCAAUCCUCGGCGACGCAUCCGAUGAAACCAAGCUCUGGGUCCCAAAACCAAAUGAGGAGUGCCAGUUCAAAGUCUGCCACAGGUGCCGGCAAGCAUGCAUGGAACGUUCUUUUCUCAGCCUGGACGCCAUCGCCAACAAUGAGAUCCCAAUGACAGCCGUCUCUGGAUUCGGCUUCAAUAUUCUGGGGAAGAGACCUGUAGUUCCACGCAAGUGCGCUAUCAACUACGGUCUUAGACCAGAUCCACGACCACAGAUGGUAUUUAGGCCAGUGUCGAAGGGAAAAGCUCUAGGAAUUAACAUCGCCAAGACUCCCCCUGAGCAGCUCCCCGAGCAAGUUUCGACUCAACUAAGCCCUUUUGAUGAUGAACCGGGCGCCGAUACUACAUUCGGGCAGUCAUCUAACGCAUACGAUUCCUCUGCCAUGGCUAGAAGUCUCAAUCUCGAAUCUGACAUUGAAAUCACUCCCAUCGAACCAGACGAAAGAUAUGCGCUCCGACGAGUUCUCCAUGUCAACAUGAUGCUUGCAACAGAGACUGCCAAAGCUGACGCAGCGGAGGGAAGUAGUCUCCUAUCCCACAUCCGCGCAGCUGAUACGCCACCCAACUCUCCUCGCCUCCGCGCAGCGAAAAUGGACGAUAAGCAUGGGAAGCGCCCUGCCGUGCUUCAUGGUAGAAGGUAUGAUUUCUUCGCCUGGUUGUCUAAUAUAGCAAACCGAGGCUAA